UAUUGUCAACGUGUUUUCGUAUUAAUAGUAUUGCCAAAAUGGAUUUUUGCGUUUUGUAAAAAUAUCGUAAUUAUUUUUUUUAGAUUUAUUUUAGUUUUUAAUAAAUAUAAUUGUGUAAAAGAAGAACCUUACCAGAAGAAAUCUCAUUAAAGUUUUACUAUGGCCGACAAGACCGCUGUUUUAUUGAACAUCAGUGAUAUGAUUGACUUGGCCAUUGGCACACCAGAGGUCGGAGUGGUGGACUUUAAUAUGCUGCAGGCUGUUCUACACUGUUUGGCCCAGCAACUCAGGGUUCUUGGCAAGAAUGUAGAGCUCAGAGGCAGCGUUGCGGGUUUACCAAUUGGCCGAGCAAACACACAGACUAUAUCAAUCAGCGAAUAUGUUGUGGAUACGGAUACACCACCAGAAAAAGAAUUAAAGAAAUCAGAAUUAGCCACCGCCGUCACGACGACCGAAACAGCAACCAUUUUAGUCGUUGAAAGGAUCAAAAAAUCAGAUGCCCUAUCCAUCCGUGGUCCGCCCCGCGACCGUUCCCCCGACCCGCACGUCUCACCCGCACCACCACAAGCACCAACACCGCCUCCUGCCCACCUGACGUCCUCUGAGAAGCUCUCCCUCGUUACCCUCAGCAAAUUUAAUGUACUAGAAAACACCGUGGAAGACUUAAAGAACCGGGUUUAUGGAAGUAUACCAAAGAAUGAAGCUAUUCUUGAAGAAGUCAGAUCUCAAACAAAUCUAAAAGCCAUUACCGAUAUGUGGACAUCAUUGAACGUCUCAUCUCGACUGGAAGCAGCCGAAGCUGGCAUCGCAAAACUCAGUUCAUUACUUCACGACUUGAUAGGUGAAACUACCGAACUUCAGGACGCCCUUAAACGUCGCGCAUCUAAAACAUCAACACCAGCCUCUCUAGUAACGGCCACUGCUCCUCCUUCCACAACCACUGCCACGUCAGCUACUGCCCCAUCAGCUAUUACCCCUUCAACUACUGCUUCGCCGACUGUUGCCGCACCGACUGCUACUCCGCCGACUUCUGCCCCAGCAGCUGCUGCUCCACCGACUUCUGCCCCAGCAGGAGCUGCUCCACCAACUUCUACCCCGACAGCUGCUGCUCCUUUGACCACUGCCUCAGACACUCUCGCUGGUCCACCGGAUGCAUCGAAAGAAGACUUGAUUUCGAUACAGGCUCGACUAGACCGUUUACGAGGGGACCUUGAUCAGCUGACUAACAUUUUCUAUACUACUAUGGAAGAUUUACAUGCUGGAUUUACACCGCCACCACCUGCUCCGCCAACAAUGGAGCCACCUACAUCAACUCCGUCGCAAGCAGCAGAACGUCGUCAACCACGCCGGUCCUUCACAGAAAUAUCAGCUGGCCUCGUGCAACGAAUUAAUGAUCUAGACAGGCGACUGAAGGAAUGUUGCGAUAAAAUAGGCAAGAACGACGGUGUGAUAUCAGAUCAGAUCAAUUCAUUCCAAGAUCAAUUGGAAUAUUUGAUGAAACAAGUAGCAGCUCUAACACAAAACUUGACUAUUGGAAAGUUGUCUCCUGAUCUGAUAAAAGACCUACAAGGACUAAUGCACCUAUUCGAGACUGUACAAGAGAUGCAAGAGCAAUUAAAACAAGUACACGAAACCGCACUUCAACUGGCAUCGGAAAAAGAGGACCGGCAAAGUCACAUGAAUGCAUUGUUAGAACAAAUCGAACUAUUGAAGACUAUCAAAUUAGACAGAGAGGACAUGGUGGAAGCUAUGGCGGAAAAAGCAGAUCUGCGCAUGCUUGCACGGAAAGUGUCGCGUGACCAAUUCGAACUGGCUUGCGACGAUCUGUCCAGAGGACUGGAGCUUGCUCUUGGAAAACUCAACAUUCAGGAAGCAUUAUGGCAACAAGCUUUAGACGAUAUACAGCGUGAAAUCGAAACGAAAUUGGACAAGAUGGAACUGUCACCCGUGAAGGACUUCUUUAAUAACAAACUGCGGCAACUACAAGAGAAUUUAAAGCAAAUGGCAGCUUUGAGACGAGAGGCCGAAGCGGCUGGUACUAAAAAGAGGCUGUUGAGGGACGUGAACUGCAUAUCUUGCGAUGCUAAGGCGGUAAUGCAAAUGGAGGCGGCAAGCACGUUACCGAUAAGUAAACCGAUGCCCGCCAACCUCUCCAUGAAACCAUAUCUUAGCUACGAACUAGAUGCAAUACGCAAGUCACAGGCAAGUAAUUUGCCACAACGAAACAUGCGCGACUGGGAAACUAUAGACAAGCAAAGUACGUCCAGACUACCGCAAAAAGUCAGAUCAGAAACAGACAAACACAUAUGCAACCGGUACUGCGGCGGUUCGCACACUGUAACGACACCAGCACAGCGCGUCGCGCGACUCGGUCACUUCAUAAAGCAGUGGGGGCCUGAUGUUCUACCGCUAUCUUCUGGACUGGCUACUGGAGAUGACGGAAGGAUGUACAAAGUGAGCCCAUUAGAGGGAGCAAAUGUUGGACCAGGUGGAGCCGUGGACGCAACCUGUACUCCCAAGUCGCCGUCAAGAAAACCAGAUAUAUCGAAACCACCUCAAAAGCCUAUACUUAACGGUGAUGAAUGUCGCUGCUUGGACGGAGAACAACCUGCAAAAGGGUAAUACCUAUACCAUUUCUAUAUUUUCGUAUAUUUUUUGUUUGUAUUUACAAUGUAAUUGUGACACUAUAUUGUUGAUAAAAAUAUAAAAUAAAGAGAUUUUUAUAUCAUACCAAUUUUAAUGGCAAAUCUAUACCAUACAUAGUUUCCUUAGUAGAUAGUUACUUAAUAAUAACAGUAAACAAACAGUAUUUUUGUGUAGCAAUUCCAAAAAAAAAUAUUAUUUUAAUUUUAUAUUUACAUCAUAUAACUAAGCGAAAACAAAACGCUUGCAGAUUUCUUGAUUUUUUAAUA